UGUACUUCCUAUAUUUUGCUCGUUCUCUCAUUCCCCUUCCCGAAGGAGCUCUUCCCGCCUGCAGGGGGGCGUUAGGUGCGCGUUCUAACUCAGACUAACAGGAAGCGGGGCUACACUUUGAGGUGUAACGCCUCCCUCGUUCUGUUCGGGCAGUGUUAAGAUGGCGCCAUCAACCUCCAACUCACACGCUAAAGCAUUACUUAAACUGGAAGAUGAGAUUGAAGGGGAUCGAAUCGGCUCCCGCGACUAUCGCUUUUCCGGAAUUGGAGUGCCGGUCCCUAUUAAAUCCGGCGGCAGUGCUCCAUAUGACACUGAGAACGAAAUUCCUCCACUGCAGCCUCUUGCUGUCUCAGAACGCUCUGGCCUCAUCUUCGUAGCCCAUUCGGACGGGUUUUGUGUUGCGAGGACGCAUGAUGUUUUGGCGUCAGCCCAAGAGCUUAAAGAAAAGAAUGCUGGACUCUCUGUUCAGGACAUCUGUGUUGUGGACAUAUCUAUUGGAAAGGUUUCCAUAUUGGCCUUAUCCGGGGAUGACUCACUGCUUGCUGUUACUGUCGGUACUAAAGUCCACUUCUUUCCCGUUAGUACCCUACUCCAUAAGGAGCAAAACCCAUCCUUUUCAUUUUCAAUCGACGAUUCAAGUUUUAUCAGAGACAUGCAAUGGGCUAAACAUGAGGAGAAGAUAUAUCUUGUUCUUUCCAGUGUAGGGAAACUGUAUUGCGGACAUGGUCAAAAUCAUGCUAAUUAUGUAAUGGACAAUGUUGAUGCUGUUGGAUGGAGUGCCAAUGGUAACAGUGUUGCUGUCGUGAGGAACAAUACCAUCAGUAUUCUUUCGUCACAGUUCGAGGAAAAGCUAAGCUUGGUGCCAUCAUUCAAGUUAAUACUUAAUGACUCUGAUGCUGGAUCUGUAAUUAAAGUGGAUGCUGUGAGAUGGGUUCGUCCAGAUAGCAUUGUGCUAGGAUGCAUUUACAUAAACAACAAUGGUGAGGAAACCUAUGCCUUGCAAAUUAUCACAUGCAAGAAUGGUGAAAUUGAUAAUGACUCUUCUAAGCCAGUAAUUCAGUCCUUCACAGAUGUCUUUGCAGAUUUCCGUUCUGAUGUUGUUCCUUUGGCUAGUGGACCUCACCUCUUUUUCAGCUACUUAGAUAAUCAUGGGAUUGCAUUCGUUGCAAAUAGAAAGAACUUGGAUCAGCAUAUUUUAUUGUUUGGCUGGUCGAUAGGUGAUGGAACGAAUAAAAGUGCAAUGAUUGAUAUGCUGGAGGAUAGAUGGUCUCCGGAAAUUAUUCACUUAGAAAGUGGAGAUGAUAUUUUUGUCUUGGGACUUGCUAUCGACAAGGUUUCCCAACAGAAAGGACUCAAGAUGUUGCUUGGUGACAAUGAAGAAAAAGAGGUUUCACCCUGCUGUCUUUGUCUAUGCCUUUCUAGUGAUGGAGGGCUUUCAAUUUUUCGCUUCGCUAGUGCUGCAGGUGAUUCAGCUACAUCGCCAGUCUUUGUAUGCCCUGAUGAAAUAGAUAACACUUCUGCAGUGGCAUUGUCAGAAGUUAAGAAACAGGAUGUAGAAGACGGGGGACAGAAAUCUAAUAAUAAACUAGAUAAAAGUGAAUCGGAUAGAAAAGCUGCUGGAGUUUUUGAAAAGAGUACUCAACAAUCUCUACUUUCCAAAGAGGAUUAUGGGACCCGAAACCAGGUUGCCAACGCACACCCGAACUUGGUGAGUGAGGAUCAGCAUAAACCUUCUGUUAUGAAGCUAAGUCUAGACAUGGGUGGAUUACAGUCGCCUCUUCAAGUAAAACAAGGUGAAGAUGUGAAUGACCCAUCAGUACAUGCUUCUCAGCCUGCAAACUCGGAAACUCUAGUUAACAGUUUAAGUGUGAAAGCAAUGCAUACAUCUAUUGAAGCCAAAAAUUGUAUAGGUUCUGUUCCUGCUACAUCCUCAAAUAAUUACGGCCAAACAUUUGGCAAAAGUAUACAGACAGAUCCUACAAUAGCAGUGCAAGGGAGGACAAUGUCAACUGGCUUUUCCCAUUCUGCAUCUUUUACUGGCACCUUAAGAAGUGAUGAAAAAUCUCCUUUACAAACCUUUGGUAACAUUCAACAGAAAGUUGCAGAUGAUUCGGAUAUAACUGUGCUUCCUUUGUCCGGUGGUCAUCCUCAAAGCUCUUCACUGUGGAGUCAGUCUGACACAACUUCAGUUGAUUAUUCUAAGCAAAGGGUCAUGCCCUGGGCCCAGAGCAUCAAGUCAUCAUCUCCAUUGCAGCAAAAUGUUUUAUUGCAGAAGUACUCAAAGCCUCAACCCAGAAGAAAUUCUUCCGAGAGGAUCCAGCCCAAGCAGUUUCACAAUGCUGAAGAGAUGACUAGAGAACUUGAUGACCUUCUACAAGAGAUAGAAGGUGAUGGGGGUUUUUUAGAUGCGUGCAUUACUAGCCAGGAGAGUUCAGUUAUGACUUUAGAAGAGGGCAUACAGGCUCUAUCUGAAAAGUGCAAGAUGUGGAGAGGAAUAAUGGAUGAACGGAAAUGUGAGAUUCAGGUCCUCUUUGACAAGACAGCAAAAGUUUUGGCCAAGAAAGUAUACAUGGAAGGCAUUUUCAAGCAGGCCACUGAUAGCCGAUACUUGGACAUGUGGAGUCGCCAGAAAUUGUGUUCUGAACUUUACUUGAAACAAGUACAUAUAAACGAUAUGAGAAAGGUCCUAACCAAUCAGCUCAUUGAAUUGGAAAAACACUUCAACAUUCUUGAGAUAAAUGCUUUUGGAGAAGGAAAAGGAGGAAUGACAAUGAAUCUAAGAGGCUCACAAUGCAAUCAUGGACCAGGAAGGAAUGCACAUUCCUUCCAUAGCUUAAGAGGAGCAGUGAAUGCACAACUAACAGCAGCAGAGCAGCUAUCUGGAAAUCUCUCAAAGCUGAUGACUGAUUUGAACAUAGACUCUUCUGUAGGCAGGCAAAAUGUUAGAAAGGAAUUGUUUGAAACAAUUGGACUGUCCUAUGAUGACAACACCUAUAGCUCUCCUGGUAAGGAAAUAGCAUGGAGUACCCCUUUAAACAGGGAAAGGUCUGUUUCUUUAGCUGCAAAUGGGCAGUCCCGUAGAAAGCUAACAAAUACUGCAAAGAGUUCUGAACCAGAAACUGCAAGAAGACGUCGCGAUUCUUUGGACCGGAACUGGGCUUCUUUUGAGCCUCCAAAGACAACAAUAAAAAGAAUACUCCUGCAAGAAGAUCACAAGAAGGAAAGUGCUAGUAGCUCAGCUUUGUCAGCUUAUAAACAACAGUUUGGUUCUCAGUUACAUGAAAGAUCAACUUCUGCUGGCUCAAAUUUCUCUAGUGCAUCUUCAACCUCUUUUCAACAGAAACUCAAAAGCACUGGAUUUCCAGAAAUCUCAGUGGAAUUAUGUGAUAAACGUACUGCUCGUGCAACCCUGUGGGCCGACGACCGUGAAAAACCUGAAGGCAAACUUUCAUCAGCACUAAAGUCCUCAAUGCCAUCCCUGGUUGAACCCAAGUCAACCUCUCCUGAUCAAGGUAUUCAAAAAGGUGGAAAAGUAAACGAUGAAAGUCCAACCAGCACCACUCCUUUUCUUGUGAAUUCCGCACCGGGUCCAUCAAAACUCGCUCAGCAGUCUGAAACCAAACUGAAGAAGCCUUCCCUUGACAUCCAGAACUCGGAAUUAAACACUACUACUGAAUUUUCCUUCUCUGGUGCAAGUAGUGCUGCUUCUGCCUUUAAUAUCUCAGGAAAUUUUAAACAUAAAAGCCAAACUACUGAAACCUUAGUAUCUACUUUGGCUCAAUCUUUGAACUCUGCAUUCCCUCCUGCUAAAUUCGAUUUUCCAUCAAUACCUAUUUCAUCUUUUAGUUCCCCGUCUUCCUCAAAUGUCAAUUUACAAACAUCAGCAUCUACAACUCCAUUAUUUACAUCCCCUACACCUGAAAAAAUUAGUUUUCCAUCAAUAUCAGAUAACUUUUCAUCAGGUGAACCAACAACAGAUGGCUUUACGUCCAUUCCUAAAGCCAGUUGUGGUUCCAACCAAUCAACCUCACUGUCUCAGUCAUCGCUAGUUGCUUCCCAAAGAAGUUUGUCUUUUCAUAUCUUGGAUCCUCAGAAUGUGGGGCCAUCAGUUGUUAUUCCUGAGAGUGAGAGACACAACCCUGAACCAUCGUCUCAAAUCCCCACAUCAAACGUUGAUACAAAAGAUGAUAUGAGUUCUGGAAAUCCACAAUCCAUUCUAAAUGUUACAUCCAACUCACAAGUUGGGAUUUUGGCCCAAUCAAAAUCAACGAAUGAACAUUCAUCAGACAUACAAUCUGCAAAUCAGACGAUCACAUCUGGCUUCUCAAGUUCUACCUUAGGUGUGGGGCUGAAUGAGAAACAGAAAGCGGCAACUUUCCAGACUGCCAAAGGGGAGAAGAAUGAUGAUACUGUCAGUACAGUCUUUGAGGAGGAUGAGAUGGAAGAGGAAGCUCCCGAGGUGAAUCAGGUAACUGAACAAACAUUAGGAAACCUGGCUGGGUUUGGAUUAGGAGUUCCUAAUAAUGUACCUAUUGCAAAACCAAACCCAUUUGGUGCCUCAUUGCCGUACAAUAUUGCCCCCACUCAAGCAAGCUCUACCUUCCUAAUGACUGCUCCUGCAGGUGAACUAUUUAGACCAGCAUCUUUCAAUUUCUCAUCACUACAGCCUUUGCAGCCUCCAACAAGCUUUAGUAGCAUUUCCAGUGGUGGAUUUACUUCUGGUAGUGUGAGUCAAACCCCUACUGGGAGUGGAUUUGGUCAACCAUCUCAGAUUGGACGUGGAAAUAAUGCAUUGGGAUCUGUUCUUGGUACUUUCGGACAGUCGAGACAGCUUGGAAGUGGACUGCCUGGAAGUUGCUCUGCAUCUGCCAUUGGUAUUGGAACUAGCUUUGUAAGCAAUAAUAGUAAUAGCUCAGCUGGCAGUUUUGGAGUUGGUGGGUUUGGUGGGGCCUCUGCUGUCGGUGGUGGCUUUUCUAAUUUGGCUUCAACCGGUCGUGGAUUUGCGGCCGCUGCCACUGGGGGUGGAGGAUUUGCCUCUGCCGCCACGGGGAUUGGUGGGUUUGCCGCAGCUGCAACUGCAAGUGGGUUCAGUGCCACUCCCACGGCCGGUUCAGGUGGUGGCAUGUUUGGAGGUUUUAGCAACCCACAAGGUGGCGGAGGCUUCUCAGAUUUUGGCAGUUCUGUUGCUGCAAAACCCGCAUCUCAACUCUUCACUCAGAUGAGAAAAUAGUCUCAAGGAGGCUGGCCUCCUGACACAUGAUGGUUAUGUUUGUUUGUUGUAACGUAGUGUCUCCGUUGUUCAGGUCAAUUCAUAUAGUUGAUCGUUUCUGUCAGCCUUUCUUUAUGAAUUGAAAUAUUACUGCAGUCAAUUCAAUGCCAAAAUUUGUUUCCUUUUCCCCAAGUAUUGGAAAUGGGGGUAUGAAAGGAAUUAAGGAAUACAGAUAUAAAUGAAGAAAAAACAGUGAAUUUGUUCAAUUGCAUUAACAACAGUCAAUUCAAUUGAUCAAUUGCAUUAAGAUUGUAUUAAGAGUAUGGGUGGACACAUACUUGUUAAGGCUGGAAUUCCCACCAUUAAAGUAUUAUGAACCGUGGUUAUAGAGUUGAAUCUGGGUUCAGUGUCUCCUAACUUGCGAAGGUUCUUGAAUCUUGGGGUGUGAUUGUGUGAAGAGUUCUAGUUUUUAACCCGAGAUUGGAUCUAUCUGUACAUCAGACAAACAUUAAUCGAAUUGAAGUCUUGAAGAUUAAAUUGCUCCUUGAAGGCUUGAAGCUUCACACGUGACAGACACUAUUCAAUUGCAAAAUUAACUCUACAAAUAAUUAUAAUAG